AUGGCCUUGCAUAUGGCCAGGAUUCAUCUCGACGCCCAUAUAUGUACUCCGUCCGACUUGUAUCAGAAGGGCGUCGCCCGCGUUACACAGCUCCAGGCCAUGGACGCUUUCGGCAUCGCCUAUUGUCGAGCGUUUGGUGGAAACACGGAAUCCCGCAUCCCUGUAGUAUUGCCGAGCGAUGACGAUCUUCAUCGAGGCUACUCCGGAAAAGUGCUUGUCUUGAGCUUUGAUGCCGCUAGAAGAAGCUCCUGGAACAGCCAGCCAGCCCAAUCAAUCAAGGUGCCUUACCUAUGGAGGAAAGUGAUUGAGAACAUCCACGUCCAGCUACCGACGGACCGAUGUCAGAUAAUCGCGGUAGGUCAGCCAGACUAUACUACUGUACUGUACAAUCAACAUGACACCCUGGUGUCUGCUCUCUCAACAUCGAGCUCCUGGUGGUGUACGAGCACUCGUGGCUCCCCUGCUCUUCGACUGGCCCUCGAAGCGCAGCAUGGACCAGUCACUGGUUUGACGGGUUGGGCUCUCCUGCGGGAGGAUAGCAAGCGGCACAGCAAGUUUGGCCUCGAGACUCCUCCGUCGGCGCUGGGCAACGAGAUGGCGGCUGCUGUCCGCGCUUUGGACUGCCACACCGCGAAUUGCAUAUAG